GCUUACGCCAUCCGAAUACUGACAAAAGAAAAAAAAAAAAACUUUACGGUUAUAAAAGGAGGAUGUUUUUUACUCUUUUCUUUGCUCUAUUUAUCACAAAAAUUUAAAAUCAACAGAAUGACCAUCACUUCAGUCAGUCUCCACUACUUUGAUCUCGCAGACAAACCUCCUACUGUUGGUUAUGGUGAAAAUCUGAACUUGUUAUUGAAAGAUUCUGGUAUUGACUACACUUAUGAUAGAUAUGAUCUAUCUGGUUGGCCAGAAAUGAAAGCUGAUCUGGCCAAAAGAUCGGUGCUUCAUCCUACUAUGCCCUAUGUAGAGGUUGAUGGAAAAACAUUGGCUAAAACAGUGCCAACUAUGCGUUAUUUGGCAAGAAAAUUAGGUAAAUACAUGGGAUCAAAUGAUGAUGAAAAUUAUAUCCUUGAAUGUGUUGCCGAUUCCGUGAGAGAUCACUUUGGUACAUGGGUUGUUCUAGUCAGAUGUGAUGAUCAAGAAAAAUUGAAGGAACAUUUUGAAAAGGACACCAUAAAAUAUCUGGGUAUUUAUGACACUAUCUAUGGUCGAAAUGAAGGACCCUAUAUCUUGGGUGAAGAGAUCUCCUACGCUGAUUUCCUGGUCUACCAUAUGUUGGAUGAUGAUUUCAUUGCUUUGAAGCAUGUUGAAGACUAUCCCAAUGUUGCCAAAUUCGUUAAAGCUUUCACCAAACGUCCCAAUCUUGCUCCCUAUUUUGAUUCUUUGAAAUAAAAUAGUUUAGUUUCCAGCGUACUAUUUAAUCGUUUGUCUUAUCAAUAAAUUAUACUUUCAAGUUGCGACAGUACUUGAUGAUGGAUGAUUAAUUAAUUGAUGUCUAUAAAGAAUAGUUGAAAUGACAACAACGACAAUAAAACAGCGAUGACAAUUAUAAAUGUGUUACAGCUUUAUUAAAAAA